AUGUCGAAAAUUCGCGCGACCUGUCCCGUUUUCCGAGUCCUUAUCAUUGGAAGAGCGAAUGCGGGGAAGACAACGAUCCUCCAGAAGGUGUGCAACGUCGACAAGGACACCGAGCCGGUAGUACCAGGUAGCUACACUUUGUUCCAAGUCUCGCUAUCUAACCGUUGGCGACAGCGCGGACGCCAUGACAUCACGAAUCAGAUCACGUACCCGGACAGCCGCUUUAUAUUUCACGAUUCAAGGGGGAUUGAGGCUGGCUCGGUCGAUGAGUUCCAGAUUAUACACAAGUUUAUACGUGAGCGAGCGUCCAAAACUUCGCUAGCAGAGCACUUGCAUGCCAUUUGGUUUUGUGUCUCGAUGGACAACACGCGUCCGUUGGUUGAGGCAGAGCUCGCCUUUUUUAACGAGGAUACUGCAGAUGUACCGGUGGUAGUUGUGUUCACGAAAUAUGAUGCACUGCUGGAUCGGGUAGCCAAUGACCUCGAUAUUAUUGACAUGACAGAGCAGAGCCAGGUCGAUGUUGACAAGGAAGCAGAGGCCAGAUAUCAAGAGCGCUACCAUGGCCGCAUCAUGAGGACUGCCAAUCCACCGAAAGCAGUUGUAAGACUCCAGGAAAUGGACAAAGUCGAGACACAGUGCCCAGAGCUGUCUGAACAGACAGCUGUGGCAAUAGACGAUCUGUCUUUGCGCCAGCUGUUUGUCUCUGUGCAGCAGAAUAACAUAUAUCUGUGCAUGCAAGAAGCGGCAAGGCAAGUGCAUGUCUUGAGUUAUAUCUGUUAUUUUGUCUGCUCAUAG